UCAAACUUUUCAAUUUGGAAGCUAGAAAGUGGCUGUUUCAUUCUCAGAAGUCAAGCGUCCUAGAUUGUUAUUUUAGAAACAGAGGUCUACGUUGUAACACUCCAAACAUGGCAUCAAAAGGCACCAAGGAGACCAUUGUCAACAAGUUAGGCUUUAAAUCCAGUGGCUCAAAACAGGCAGAAGUGGAAAUGGACAGACUCAGGAAGGAAAAUGCUCAUCUGAAGCUGAAGAUGGAUGAAAUAUCAAAACGGACUGCGAGGCCACCAGACUCAGACAAAAGCAAACUGCUAGAGAGGAUUCUGUCUCUGGAGACGUUGCGGGAGAGGAACACUCAGCAGCUGUUGGCCAAGGACAAGGAGCUGGAGACUCUGAGACAACAUCUGCGUUCCAGUGGGGGAGAGGUGGUGGCCUCGCUCCAGGCUCAGCUGGACCAGGGGAGGAGAGCGGCCGAGCACAGAGAGAAACUGUUCCACUCCCUCUCGGAGGAGACAGGGAAUCUGAAGAACAAAUUGGUGGCAGUGUCUGCAAGGUGUCAGGCACUGGAGAAACAGGGUCCUGAUGUACAGGUCCCCACCGGUGAGGUUGCAGUAGUUCAGGAUCACUUGAGAGAUGCUUUGGAGAAGAACCAACAGUGGCUGGUUUAUGAUCAGCAGCGAGAGGCCUAUGUCAAGGCAGUCCUGGCCAGAACCCUUGAGUUCGAGCAGCAACUAAAUCAAGCCAACCAAGCACUCCAACAACAACACAAAGAAGGCAAUUCAGACGCACCAGAGAAGUCUUCGUCCCAGCUGCAGGAGUACUACGACAAGCUGCUGUUGCAGGCCAAGCGGGACGUGGAGGCCCAGAAGGACACGGCAGCGCAGGCCCAGGGGGAGCUGGGCGAGCUCCAGAGGCGGUACGAGGAGCGCUGCAGGGAGUUGGUCGAGGCCAGGCAGCAGCUCCAGGCCGAGCACCUUAGCAGCAGACACAGAGUCGGCGAGGAGAGGAAGUGCUCGGCUGACCGCGCCGACAGGAUGAGGUCCGAGCUGGACAGCAUGGACGCCAGCCUGGCGUCCGAGAGGAAGAGGUCUGCCGAGCUGCUGCUGCAGGUAUUGUUAUACGCCAGGGAGAUGUGGACUUGGUGUCUUUAUUAUGCAGUUUUGUUUGACCAGGUGAGUUGAUUAUAAAGCAUUCUCUUUUGCAACCACGGCCUGUGGAAAUGUUGCCGGGGAGAGGUUGGAGUUUAAUUGAGCAGUUCAAUAUAGUUGGGGAUUUAUUGACAUUCACAACAUGACCGAAAGUAUGUGGACACCUGCUCUUUGAACAUCUCAUUCC